AAUUAUUAAUAUCAAUGUAGAACUCAUCUUUUGCGUGUUUAUUACAAGUAACAGUGGCGACAACAGUAUCGUAUCAGUACGGAACUGUUGAAGUGAGAGUUUCCUGGUGUGGUUUGUCUUCACUGCUUGAUGACUUUACUCCAUUGUUAGCGGUUCAGGGCUCACGGCGUCCUGGCGGCGGUGUGCGGCUCCUCUCUGCUCCUCCGCGGACUGCAGCUCCUCCGACCCUCCCUGCGGACUGGCUGGUAAUGAAAUGACACUUCACAGCAGCAGCAGGAAGACAUCUCACUUCCAGCCAAAGCAUCUAAUUCCUGCGUCUUCGGUCACCGAAAAACCGGCCAGCUAGAGACUUUAACGUAGCUGCUGCGUUCAGGAUGUCGACCUCCGAAAGUGCUGCGUCACAUGAAGGCUGUGAGGCACCACUCCCUCCAUCAGAGGCCGAGCCCCUGAGGGUUGUUCUGCUGGGGAGGACAGGGACGGGCAGGAGCUCCUCAGGCAACACCAUCCUGGGCAGGUCCGCCUUCUGGGUGGACGUGUCCCCCUGCUCGGUCACCACACAGUGCCAGAGAAAGACUCUGACGGUGGACUGUGGCCGGAGCGUCUCUGUGAUCGACACUCCGGGUUUCUUCCACACACGGCUGUCCCCCGAGGAGGUCAUGGCCGAGGUGGGACGGUGUGUCGUCCUGUCCUCUCCGGGACCCCACGCCUUCCUGGUCACCCUGCGGCCCGGCAGGUUCACCCAGGAGGAGAGAGACACCUUGGAGUGGAUCAAGGUUAUGUUUGGUCCCGAAGCCACCAGGUUCACGGUGGUGCUGUUCACCUGGGGAGACCAGCUGCUGGGGAAGAGCAUCGAAGACUUCCUGCAGGAGAGCGAUGAGCUGUCGGAGUUUGUCAGGAGCUGCUGCGGGGGGUAUCACGUCUUUGAUAACAGUGAACAGCAGAAGACGACGGAGUGCCGACGACAGGUUGUGCAGCUUCUGGAGAAGAUAGACAAGCUCGUGGCAGACAACGGAGGCGGUUGCUACGGCAACGAGAUGUUCAAGGAGGCUGAGAGGGCCAUCAGUGAGGCACAGGAGAGGAUUCUGGGAGAACGAGGACACAAGUUCCUUCAGAAGGAGGCUCAGGACAAGGAGGCGCAGGGAGGGUUAGAGGGAGGGAAGAAGGAGGACGAGGAGAGGAGGAGGAGGGAGGAAGAGGAGGCCAGGAAAAGGGCGGAGCGGCUCUUCUGGUCGGAGCUGGUGACCGCGAUGGGGAGAGGCGCAGCAGAGGGGGCAGGGAUCGUCGGGAAAGACAAGGGGAAGGGGAAGGCUGUGAAGAAGGUGAAGGUGGUGGAGAAGGCGGCAGCUCUGGCAGCAUCGCCGCUCUCCAUCCGCUCAGCUGCCAGAGUGGUGGAGGGAGCCGUGAGGGAGGGAAGUAAGGUGUUGUAUAAACACAGAAAAACCUUCCUGCAUUGAGGGACAACUUGACUCUGUGUUCAGUGAGGAGUUUUCAGUAAAUGGGGACAAAGUGGAUAUCACGGUCAACACUGUGGUGACGGUUCAUGUGAAAGAAGGUCACUUUGUUGUGAAUUGUCACCAUGCAUCACACCUCUAAUGCUAUGAAUCUGUUUUCAUAUCAGCACAAUGCACCAGCACUUUCCAAUUGAAUGGUAAUGCACGUGCGUGUGUGUACUUGUGUGUGUGACUGUUAAAGGCAAACAUCCUGCUGUGUUGCAGUGCGCGUGGAUCCGUCAUAAAAAAAAAACACAGCCAAGCCUUCAAAUUGAGAGAAUUCACAAUAUAAUUGAUGUCAUGUCAGAAAAUGGUGCGCAAAUAAACAUAUUGUGACGUAAAACAUCUGUAAGCGUCAAAAACUGGUCAACAUUUUACACUUUCCCCUCCCUUUUUAAAAAAAAAAAAAAAAUCCCUGACGAAACAAGACAGUUUGACCAAGGAAGCGACCGAGGAGCUAGAAAACCUCGCAGCAGGUGUCUGCUCCUUCUUUGGCGGUCAUUCAAGACAUGACAAAAUGUUCAGCCCUUUUUUUUUUCUAUCAUGAAGAAAUACAUUGAAAUAUAAAAGACGACCACUGAGAGGAAAUACAAAAAAAACGUAACUUGGCAAUAAAGGAGAGAAGUCAUUUGCACAUAAUAUAGUGAGCUAUUCCGGGAGUGUGCAACAUUACAGAACCAGAGAGGAAGACAAUAUGAAGACGAUUAUAGAGUACACAUUUACAAACGCUACAGUAUUUCUCAUUACUGUAAUCAUCAUCAGGGAAGACGCUGAUGGGAGAAUGUGUAGGAAACUCUGGGCACCGGUUCAGCUUCAACACAGGUCUGUAUCUGCACUGUGUGAACACUACGGCUACAUAGAAUCUAUCUGAGUGCAGUACAUGAAAGCGACAGCCAGCCCCAUUUACACUUUUGUGGGUUUGACAUUCUAAGGCUUCAGAUUCAGACCAAAUCAGACGUUGCAGAUAGAAGCACAGGGUCGUGCGGCGGUGUGGAAGCACCCUGUUUCCGGCUGCUGGCUUCAGAUUUGUCACCUGGCAGUACGAUGUUGUUGGAGGCACAUAGCAACAUGAAUCUGGCGGACCUCUGAAUGUUUGCGCAUGUGUAUUUGUUUGUCCUGUAUGGUAGUAUCUGUGACACCCUGACAUAAAAUAUGUUAUGUCAACCAGCGCUCAUAAGAAAGCACGAAUACCUUCCAUUGCGAGUAAUAAAGUAGGAAGCUAUAUAUUUACAGUCUCAUAUUAGAAAAUUAGUGUAAAGAGCUUCACAGAUAGUACUGCUGAUCUGAUCGCAGGUUUAUUCAUUUCUGGUUAAGAUUUUGCAUAGGGCCACUGCAUUUUCUUGUGGUCCACACUGCAAUAGCCUAAACACGCUACCCGGACUCAAAAUGAGUGGGAGGACAGGACGUCUUUUUUCGCUGCAACGCCCGAUUUAUGUCUGAAUGAGGCCUCCAGAGCCAAAGUGUCCAUCAGGACUGAAAAGAGAAAGAUGAGACACGCAGUUUCCAUAGUGUUCCUCACUUGCCUGAAUUAUGUACCACGUGUAUCCCAGGGACACCUUUCCAGUGUCACAUUUGCAUCUCAUGUAGAAAAUAAAACCCCCAAGCACUCAGAAAUAUGCAGACACUCACACACAUAAACACACACACACACACACACACACACA